GCUCCCUCCCGCCUGCCGGGGCUCAGCCGCAGCCCGGGGCCAAGUUGAAGGGCGGCAAGUCGAAAGAGCCCAAGUUAGGGGAGGUGUGUGGGGGCAGCCAGUAUGGAAUGGACACUGUGGUUCUGGCUCGGGGGAGCUGCUACCUUCCACAUUUCCAUGGACCCUUCUCCAGUGCUGGUCUCCCCAGGGUCAGAUGUGCUUCUUCAGUGCAUUUUCCCAGUAGUGGGUGAGGACACACCAAUUCCCACCGUUGCCUGGCACCAUGGCCAGCAGCUCCUAGCAGAAUAUGAUGGAAUCUUGGUGACCCAGCGCCCAGGCACAGAGCUACCAGAAAGUGCUGAGGGUCUUCGGAAGGGCAAUGCUUCCCUUCUUCUCCAUCGUGUGGCUAUGGCAGAUCUAGGCUCUUACUACUGUACUGUGACAAUUGGGGAACAACAGGCAGAAGCUGAAGUCCUUCUGGAGAUUUCAGCUGCCCCCCACAUCUCCUUGCUUCCAGUCCAAGACUUUCUAGGAGAGAAGACUACCCUGCUGUGCCAGAUCAAAGGUUUCUACCCUGCAGGGGGACUUCAGGCCUGGUGGCUACGCAAUGGGGAAAAGGUACCAGAGGCCACCCCUGUAGGGUCCCCAAGACUAAAUCCUGAUGGUACAUUUGAUUUGGAGCUGAUCUUAAAUUUGACCUUGAAGUCUGAUGACCUAGCAGACAAUUUUACCUGUCAUGUUACUCACCCUGCUCUGGAACAUCCCCUACAAGAGAAAUUAGAGAUGGAGGUCAAAAAAGAAAAGUGGUGGAAAGAUGUUCAGAGCAACAAUAGGCCAUCAGUUAGCAGCAUCCUGAUCAUCAUCUUGGGUAUUACUGUUCUAGUUUUUGCCAUCAUCUACCAAUUCAGGAGGAACAGAGGCCAGGAAGAACAGGAGGAGGGAGAGGUUCGGACAGCAGCAGAUGGAAAGGAAAGGGAGCAACCUCAAGAGAAAUCUGACUUCCAGUCCUCUGGAAGAAACUGGGAGGCGGAGAAAUUGUUACCAAAGGACCAUACUGAGUCUGAGGAAGAGAUCCUUCAGGGAGAAAUAAAAGUUGGAUUUCUACAGGGCUAUAGAAAGACUGAGGGGGUGAUGGAAAUGAGGUAUGGGAGAACUGAGAGAGAAAUCAUUGUAGACUGUAGAGAGACUGAGGAUAAGAUCCUCAUAUUGAAGGGUGAUAGGGAGGGCCAGGUCCUUUUGGAAACGGGUGAAAGUAAGGGACAGAAUCUAAGAUGUGGAGAGAGUGAGGGAAGGGUGCUAAAGGAAGUUGAAGUGGAUACUGAGGGACAGUUUCAGGAAGCAGAUGGAUUAAGAACUGAAGGACAGAUCCUGAAAGGGAAUAGACAGACAGAGGAUUACAAGAGAGAUAAAGAGGCUACUGAAGGACAGGUCCAAGGAGGGGAAGCUGAAGAACAGACCCAAGGAAGAGAUGCUGAAAAACAGACCCAGGGAGAAGAUUCUGAAAAAGAGGUCCAGGGAAGGGAUGCUGAAGGACAGGCCCAAGGAGAGGAGGCUGAAGGAGAGGCCCAGGGUGGGGAGGCUGAAGAACAGACCCAGGGAGAGGAGGCUGAAGGAGAGGCCCAGGGAGGAGAGGUUGAAGGACAGGCCCAGGGAAAGGAGGCUGAAGGAGAGGCCCAGGGAGGGGAGGCUGAAGGACAGGCCCAGGGAGGGGAGGCUGAAGGAGAGGCCCAGGGAGGGGAGGCUGAAGGACAGGCCCAGGGAGGGGAGGCUGAAGGACAGGCUGAGGGAAGUGAUGCUGAAGGACAGGCCCAAGGAGAGGAGGCUGAAGGACAGGCCCAAGGAGAGGAGGCUGAAGGACAGGCCCAAGGAGGGGAGGCUGAAGGACAGGCCCAGGGAGGGGAGGCUGAAGGACAGGCCCAGGGAGGGGAGGCUGAAGGACAGGCCCAGGGAGGGGAGGCUGAAGGACAGGCCCAGGGAGGAGAGGCUGAAGGACAGGCCCAGGGAGAGGAGGCUGAAGGACAGGCCCAAGGAGAGGAAGCUGAAGGACAGGCCCAGGGAAGAGAUGCUGAAGGAGAGGUCAGGGGAGGGGAUGCUGAAGGACAGGUCCAAGGAGAGGAAGCUGAAGAACAGUUCCACAGAGGGAAUGAAGAGAUCACUGAAAGAUAUGUCUCUAAGGAUAUUGGAGCAAAUGGAAUGAGAUCUGUAAGAGGGGAGGGAGAAACCAUGGAGCAAAUCCCAAGUGGAUGUGAAGGAAUAGAGGGAUUGGCCUCAAGUGAAAAGGCUGAUACUCAAUCAUUGAGGAUCAAUGAGGAUCUUUCAGAACAAUCUCCAGGGGCAGUUGGAGACAGAGGUUCUUCCCCCAAACGAAGACAUGGCCCAGCCCCAGGGAUAGAUGGAGAGGUCCGGGGGAAAGAAAAGUAAGGUGGCAGAAGUAGGCCAGGGAAGAAUAUGAAACAACGUUCAGCCCCUGUGCCUCCCAACUUUGUGACCAUAAGUUCCAGAUAAAUUGAUCUGAAUGGCCAUCUUUCAUCUCGAGGUUCUGGUGAUGUUAACAGAGCAGCUUAUUUGGGUAUAGGGGUGGUGUGGGGGAGAAAGAUAUCAGUUCCGGUUUUAGAACAAGAUAAGAAGAAUGCCUGAUAAUGUGCUCUCAUACUUAAUAUUUCCUGGAGGAGGAAAAGAAAUGAAAGAACAUGUUGCUUAGUAUGUGAAGGAUUCAACCAGUUUGGCUACAGGGCAAGAAACCCAGUGUGUUCUUUCAGAAAGGAGUGGAAGGCUGUGCAGAAAAAAGAAAGCUAGAAUUGAAAUUGUAAAGCCCUGGAGCAUAGGAUGAAGGGGAGGUAUCAUGGAGGAAAGUUAAAAUGCUUUACAUCUGAUGACUUUAAGGAGCUGGAACAGCUUAAUGUGUUUCUUUCCCAGGUUAAAGAUUGAGGGAUUUGGGGAUGGAAUGUAAUUAUUCAAGGAUAACUUUAGGAAAUAUCCUCAAUUCAUGGUAAUUCAAUACUUAGUAAUUAACACUUAA